CCGACGCGAAAUAUGUCCAACAUCUUCCCGCUCGGUCAACCCCCUCGUCAGGCCGGCAUGGAGGACGCAGAAGAGGACUAUUAUGAUGGGAAGCCGAUCUUUCAAUAUGUCAAAGAUACCGUUCUCGCACCGAUCCGAAUAGCAACCUCCCCCACCCUUCUGCGAACCUACCUCCGCACCGCGCUCCUGCUCCUCACCUCGUCGAUCCUCUUCGGCAUCGCCGUCAUCGCCUACACAUCCUUCUACUACACCUACAUACCCGUCCGCGGCAUUACCGUACCCAUAUACCUACAAUAUGACCACUCCUCCUUCGCCCCCUCCUCUCCCUCCAGCCUCCAAGCUCUCGUACCGCGACCACCGAAAUUCCCCUACGGCAUCGCGAACGUGAACGGCCUCAUUAGCCGGCAGAAGUACGAUGUCGUCGUCGAAAUGACGUUGCCCCGAAGCGAGCGGAAUCUAGAAGCGGGGAACUGGAUGUUGGGGCUGGAGAUGAGAGGUCCGACGACGAUUGGAGGUGGCGUGAAGGGUAUGCUUGGGUGGGAGGAGGAGUGGGAUGUCGACGAUUACUCGCAGGGCCCCAAUGCCGGCAGUAUGACUGAGAAAGUCGCAGGAGAUGGGAUUGUAGGGGCAGGAGCAGUGGAAAAGCCGGUGGUGCUGGCGAGGAGUAGGAGGCCGGCCAUUUUGACGUACCGCAGCUGGAUGACGGAACUCGCGUACCGCGCGCUACGCCUCCCGCUGUACAUGAUCGGCUGGGGGCAGGAGAGCGAGAAAGUGGAAGUCCGUAUGAUGGAGGGUGUCGAUUUUGAUAAGGGAUGGCGGAACGUGCCGUCGUCGCUGCGCUUGGAAAUCCGCUCGAGAACGCCGCUUGAAGUAUACAGGAUCGCAGUUCGGUUUGCGGCGAGACUCGAAGGGCUGAGGUGGAUCAUGUACAAUUACAGGUUGAGCUCGUUUGUGGUAGCUACGAGCGUGUUCUGGGGCGUCGAGAUGAGCGUUGUGUUGUUGACGUGGCUUGCUUUCUCGCUCUGCUUCGGCGCUGCAGGCGAGCAAGAAGAAGACGCAGGGGAUCGGAAGAAGAUCAAACUCGAAUCCGGCGCUAUAACACCCAAAACCGAGCCUCCAGACUCAGAACCCGCAACGCCCUUAAGCGACACGUCGCGCACUUUCCCCACGCUAUCCUCCCACCAACGGCUACACUACACGUCUCCGCCGGACGAGCGCUCGAAGGCGAAGGAGGAACGCGAGACGCCCAGACUGGAAUACUUGCCUGUGAAAAGAGAUGAAGAGGCGGAUGACGAGGAUGAUGAUGAGAGUGCGGAUUUCUUGCUUGAGGAGCCGGUACCGAGGAGUGGAGAGGGAGUGCUGACGGAUUCCGGGAUUGGUACCAGUUUAGAGAGUAGUGUCGAGGCGAGGACGGGGCUGAGUAGGAGGAGGAGUGGUGGUGGUGACGGUGGAAAGAGGGAGAGGUGAUGAUAAUGGCUUUGGGUGCAUUGAUAGGUUUACUUUAGGUUGCAGCAUGAUACCAUAGAUUCAAGUAGCAAG